AUGGCGCCUCUGAGGGACCUCUUCGUCGCUGCGGCCGUCGCCGCCGUAGGCAAUGCCGCCCAGGAUUGGGACCACUCUCUCUUCACCAACAGCCCUCCCGUCUACCCUUCCCCAAACAUGACCGGCGUUGAAGCCUCUGGUCUUAGCGGCUGGGAGGCCGCUAUGCAAAAGGCCGAGGCCUUCACUAACAACCUCACUCUCGAGGAAAAGGCCGUCAUGCUCACCGGCGCCCCUGGUCCAUGCGUUGGAAACAUCGCACCCAUUCCUCGCGUCGGCUUCAAGGGUCUCUGCCUUCAGGAUGGUCCUCUCGCCGUCCGCCAGGCUGACUAUGCCAGCGCCUUCCCUGCUGGUCUCUCUGCCGCCGCGUCGUGGGACAGAGACCUCAUCCACCUCCGUGGCAAGUACAUUGCCGAGGAGUUCAAGGGCAAGGGCUCCCAGGUCUUCCUGGGACCGGUAGCAGGUCCCCUCGGCCGUAGCGGCUACAACGGCAGGAACUGGGAAGGUUUCUCUCCCGACCCCUACCUCACCGGUGUCGCCAUGGAAGAGAGUAUUCUUGGUGUGCAGUCUGUUGGUGUCCAAGCCAACGCUAAGCACUGGAUCGCCUACGAACAGGAGACCCAGCGUAACCCCGAGGAGGCGUUCGACCCCAACGCGGUCCCGUACGACGAGCAGAUCAUGUCUGUUUCCUCCAACCUCGACGACAGGACCAUGCAUGAGCUGUACGUAUGGCCCUUUGCCAACGCCGUCCGCGCCGGCGUCGCCAGCGUCAUGUGCAGCUACAACCGCAUCAACGGCUCGUACGCGUGCCAGAACUCCAAGACGCAGAACGGCAUCCUCAAGGGCGAGCUCGGCUUCCAAGGCUACAUCAUGUCCGACUGGAUGGGCACUCACUCUGGCGUCGCGUCCAUUGAGGCCGGCCUUGACAUGAACAUGCCCGGCGGCAUCAGCUUCAAGCCCACGCUCCCAGGCGUGCCGACCUACUUUGGCGCCAACCUCACCGAGGCCGUCAACAACGGCACCGUCCCCGAGUGGCGCGUCAACGACAUGGUGCGCCGCGUCAUGACGCCGUACUUUUUGCUGGGCCAGGACAAGGACUUCCCGCUCGUGGACCCGUCCAUGGGCGAGUACCCCUCUGUCAACGAAUUCGACAAGCAGGACGGCUGGUACGACGACUGGAACAAGGCCAAGGCGCUGGGCGAGCCCGACGUCGACGUCCGCGCCAACCACAGCAAGCUGAUCCGCGAGCUCGGCGCCGCCGGCAUCGUGCUCCUCAAGAACGAGAACAACACGCUGCCCCUCAAGGCGCCCAAGCGCAUUGGCGUCUUUGGCAACGCCGCCGGCGAUCUUACUACCGGUCUCUACUACCACGACAAGAACUACGAGUACGGCUGCCUUCCCGUGGGCGGUGGAUCCGGCUCCGCGCGCCUCAACUACGUCGUCAGCCCACUUGAAGCCAUCAAGGAGCAGGCCAAGAAGGACGGCACCAACGUGCAGUACAUCCUCAACAACACGCAGCUGACGACCUCGGGCGGGUUCCUGAAGCAAAUCUACCCGCAGCCGGACGUGUGCCUCGUGUUCGUGAAGACGUGGGCGUCGGAAGGCGAGGACCGCACGACCCUGCACCUGGACUGGGACGGCGACGACGUCGUCACCGAAGUCGCGCGCAACUGCUCCAACACGGUCGUCAUCACCAACUCGGGCGGCCUCAACGUCCUCCCCUGGGCCGACAACGAAAACGUCACCGCCAUCCUCGCCGCCCACCUCCCGGGCAACGAAAUCGGCAACUCCAUCCUCGACGUUCUCUACGGCAACGUCAACCCCUCGGGCAAGCUCCCUUACACCAUCGCCCACGAGGUCUCGGACUACGACUUCGCCAACGUGACGCGCGAGGUCGCGGACCCCAAGGACACCAACGCCUGGCAGGCGGACUUCGAGGAGCGCCUGCUCAUCGACUACCGCUACUUUGACUACCACAACCUCUCCGUCGCCUUCCCCUUCGGUCAUGGCCUCUCGUACACGAGCUUCGAGCUUGCGGACCUGGCCAUCACACCCGUAUCGAACGCGUCUGCGGCCGGCCUCCCCAAGGCCGUCGCGAAGGCGGCCCCCGGCGGUAACCCCGCCCUCUGGGACACGCUGUACACGGCCACGGCCACGGUCACCAACUCCGGCGACCUGCCCGGCGCCGCCGUGCCCCAGCUGUACGUGAGGCUCCCCGCGGCUGCGGGCGAGGGCACGCCGCUGCGCCAGCUGCGCGGCUUCGAGAAGGUGCCGCUGGAGAAGGGCGAGCAGAAGCAGGUCAGGUUCGAGCUGAUGCGCCGCGAUUUGAGCGUUUGGGAUGUUGUCGCCCAGGAGUGGCGCGUCCCUGAGGGCGAGUUUGUCGUUAGUGUCGGCUUCUCCAGCAGGGACUUUAGGGAUGAGAAGACUUUUACGAUCUAA